CAACUACCACAAAGCCACGCGUAAACUUCACUUCUUGUCUCUCUCCCACCUCCACACAUUUGACACAAAGGCCCCAAAAUUUCCACCGAAAAAGCACACUUUAAACCACCGUCCACGGCGUUCUUCGCCGUUCUUAUCUCCGGUAACAACCCAGAAACUGAAAAAACAAAGAUGUUGCGUGACGUGUCAUCUUGCAAUACAUACAAUUACGGUGACGCCCUUUACUGGGAUGCCCGGUAUGUUCAAGAAGCAGGUUCUUUUGAUUGGUACCAACGUUACUCUGCUCUUCGCCCUUUUGUUCGCCAUUAUGUUUCCACCUCCUCAAGGGUCCUAAUGGUUGGCUGUGGCAAUGCUGUGAUGUCGGAGGAUAUGGUUAAGGAUGGUUAUGAAGAAAUAGUGAAUGUUGAUAUAUCAACAAUAGCUAUUGAUAUGAUGAAAAGGAAGUAUGAGCACGUUCCGCAGAUGAAAUACUUGCAAAUGGAUGUCAGAGAUAUGAGCUUCUUUCCUGAUGAAUCAUUUGACACUGUCAUUGAUAAGGGAACCCUUGAUUCAUUAAUGUGUGGUACUAAUGCUCCAAUUUGUGCUGCACAAAUGCUUGGAGAAGUGAGCAGGCUUCUAAAAAAUGGAGGUGUUUAUAUGUUGAUAACAUAUGGUGAUCCUACAGCAAGGAUGCCUCAUCUGAAUCGAUCAGUGUUUAACUGGAAAAUUGAGUUAUACAUCAUACCUAGACCGGGAUUUCAAAAGCCUGGUGAUCCCCCUUCUAAUAAUGUGAAGUCAUGCUUGGAACCUAUUCACCUGACCGAGAAGGGCCUACUUCCGGCAGAAUAUACUAUGGAAGAUCCGGAUUCUCAUUUUAUAUACAUCUGUAGAAAAGUUGAUGAAUCAGUGGAGCUGAGCAACAAAUCCACAGAUCCUUUGACUGAUGAUUUACUAUUGGAAUCACUUAGCCUUAAGAAGCAUUGAUUCUUCAAGUCUAGGUGUUCAAAUCGGCAGAAACCAUGUAUGCUUACUGAAUGAUGUACUUUUGUUAUUUAGGCUCCUAGUGUAUCAUCUUUUUAUUGGAUUCAUACUUCAAAAAAAAGAGACUGUUUUGGGGUGGGAGAGGGACAGGGGAGGAUUUUUGUUUGUCUUUUGUUUUUCCCUUUGUGUACUAUUUUGGUGACGGUGGGGUGGUAUUCGGGCUGGCUUGGGUGCCCCUCGACGAUUUCACCGGGAACUGUUACUUCCUCGGGCACACACAUGUAUUUGGCAACUCUGCCCACCAAGGUUGAGACUGGUGGGCAGAAAUCAUUGACCCCCUGUGAUGCUCAGCCUUUUCUUACCUUUCCUUUUUUAGGGUGGGAACAGGUGACGGAGAGCGGGAGGGGGCAAAUAUUUUUGCAGUGGUUCUGUCCAGAAUUUCUCGGCUCUAGAUGGAAGCCAGAAUGAGUUACUCCCCUAUGUCUUGGGCGUGCCACGAGCUUGCACUAGGUGGUUAUGUUGUGAAUCUAAGAAAAAAAGCACCCUAUAGUUGUUUCAGUAUCUAAUUAAUUCUGCUUCUUAGUGUUGUGUGGAACAGAGAACUGCAAAAUUUGUUAUCAGUUUUGUACCUUAAAUUUGGUCUAGGCCUACUUACAAGUCUCUCUGGUUUUCAAUGCUGUUAUUUGUACCCUCAUUCUGUUUCACCUUGUUUAAAACGUUGUUACUCAUUGUAUUGUAUUGUAUCGUAUUAUUACUAUAUGGAGUUAUUGUUUUAUUUUGUUGAA